GGGAGGGAGGGAGGUUCUUAGCCAGCAAGCAGCAACAUCCGCGUCCGCCUCCUGAGAUGGACCGCGAGACCUCGGGCACAUGUAGGGAGUCGUUUCGCUGCUGAUUUCAAGCCGAAGCGCAUGAGGGUGACCCGGCCGGCCGGCCGGCGUGCGGUAGUCGCAGCAGCAGCAGCAGCAGCAGCAGCAGCAGCCGCCUCAGCACAAGCUCCGGCAGGCCUCGGUGGCGUCCGUGGUGCGUUCAAUGUCACCCCGUUAAUGGAGUGAACAGUGCAUCCUUUUGGGCGGCGUGUGAUGAUAGGAGACACGAUGACGCUCUUGUCUCUUCUGGGUCGGAUCAUGCGCUAUUUUCUCCUCAGGCCGGAGACGUUGUUCCUGCUAUGUAUCAGCCUGGCGCUAUGGAGCUACUUCUUCCACACGGACGAGGUCAAGACUAUUGUCAAGUCAAGCCGCGACGCCGUGAAGAUGGUGAAGGGCAAAGUGGCCGAGAUGAUGCACAACGAGCGGCUGGGAGGCCUCAACGUGCUGGACGCAGAGUUCUCCAAGACCUGGGAGUUUAAGAGCGACAACGUGGCCGUGUACUCAAUACAAGGCAGAAGGGAUCACAUGGAGGAUCGCUACGAGGUGCUCACCGACAUCGCGAACAAGAGCCACCCGUCCAUCUUCGGCAUCUUUGACGGCCACGGCGGAGAGGCUGCAGCGGACUACGUGAAGGCUCACCUGCCCGAAUCCUUGAAGCAGCAGCUGCAGGCGUUGGAGCGAGAAAAGAAGGAGAGCGCUCAGUCUUACGCCAGCAUCCUGGAGCAGCGCAUCCUGAACGUGGACCGAGAGAUCCUGGACAAGCUGUCUGCCAAUCACGACGAAGCGGGAACCACGUGUCUGGUGGCACUACUGUCAGACCGAGAAUUGACAGUAGCCAACGUGGGCGAUUCCCGCGGCGUCCUGUGCGACAAAGACGGCAAUGCCGUGGCACUGUCACACGACCACAAACCGUAUCAGUUCAAAGAGCGCAAGAGGAUCAAGCGGGCGGGAGGCUUCAUCAGUUUUAACGGUUCCUGGAGAGUCCAGGGAAUUCUGGCCAUGUCCCGCUCCCUCGGCGACUACCCGCUAAAGAACCUGCACGUGGUCAUCCCCGACCCGGACAUCGUGACGUUCGACCUGGACAAACUGCAGCCCGAGUUCAUGAUCCUGGCGUCCGACGGCCUGUGGGACGCUUUCAGCAACGAAGAGGCGGUGCGCUUUGUCCGCCAACGCCUGGACGAGCCGCACUUUGGCGCCAAAAGCAUCGUCCUGCAGUCCUUCUACCGCGGUUGCCCAGACAACAUCACCGUCAUGGUGGUCAAGUUCAAAAGCGGGCCAGGAGGGAGCAAGGCGGGAGACUAAGUCAAGUAUGCCAUUUGAUCCAUCAACAGAGAUGGAUGGGGACUGGCAAGGACCAAAUGACUUUUGCGUAUUUAACAUGCAUGAAUUUCAAUACGGUCACCAGAAGAACAGGCGGAACGUCCCAAUGAGCUGAGAUUCAAAGCGUUUCACAAUGCGGAUUCAAUUCAUGCAAGACUAACACAAUUGAGUCGGGAAAAGA